GAGAGGAUAACGGGAUCUGUGUCUGUGUUUGGGGGAUAAAACAAACGGAGGGAAACUGCUGCCCACAUUAAAAACAGGCUGGCCGAGGAUCAUCUGCCUCCACUUUUUUUGGCAUCUGUAAGAAUGCAGAUGGGGAAGUAGCCGGUGGUGGAAAGCUGAAAUAAAAGAAGAGAGACACGGGGGAUGAAGAUGCUCUCUGCUUCACUCCUGGACCUCCUGAUUCAUCCCAUUAACUGGAUUUAGUGUGGUUUCUUUUGUGAAGAAUUUGCAUCUUUUUAUUACCUCUUGCUUGUCUCUUGGCAGAACACCAGUACUCAGCUACCCACUUUUUUUAUAGUCAAAGAAACACACACACACACACACACACACACACACACACACACACACACUUUGGUAAAAUCAUGGCAAACAUGUGCCCAUAUGGUCGAUUCACCCACGCUGUAGUGCGAGGCAUCCCAGAGACCUUUGGGGAAACGGCGGGAGACGGUGGCAAGAACGGGGACGUCUCAGUGGACCUGGCCAAGGCUCAGCGUCAGUUCGGUUGCCUGACAGGAGCCCUGAGACAGAAAGUGGGCCUGCAGCUGAUCGAGAUCCCCCCUGACCCCGAGCUGCCCGAGAGCUGGAGGAUAGACGACGUGGCGGUCAUCCAGGGAGACACGGCACUCAUCACCCGACCCUUCAAACAGCAGAGACGCAGCGAGGCCGAGGCAGUGCGGAGGGUGAUGUCAGAGCUGAACCUGACCGUGGUCGAGAUGGGGGGCGAAGAGGGGGACUCUGGAGGCGCCACGCUGGAGGGCAGCGACGUCCUCUUUACGGGGAGAGAGUUCUUUGUCGGCAUCUCGUCCCACACCAACCGCAGAGGAGCCGAGGUGCUGGCAGACACUUUCAGGGACUUUGCCGUUUCCACCGUCCCCGUCUGCGGUGGAGCCCGGCUGAAGAACAUCUGCUCCAUGGGAGGUCCGGACACCAUCAUCAUCAGCAACAGUGACGGGGCCAAGAAGACACUUCGGAUGAUGGAACAGCUGACCGAUCACCACUAUGAAGUGCUGACUGUCCCGGAGGAAUCAGCGGCCAACUGCAUCUACAUAAAGGGCUCGUCCAAGCGAGACUUCCUGCUCCACCGGCCUGCAGAGGAAUGUCCCGACAGCGUGUCCGCUUUCCAGAAGCUGCAGGACUACACCCUCCUGCCUACAGCCAGCAGCGAGGCCUCCAAACUGGGAGCGUCUCUGUCCUCGCUGUGCCUCCUCAUCAAUAGAAAGCACACAUACUUCACAUAAAAAAACAACCCCAAACCUAAUGCCCUCAGUAUGUUUUAACAUUUAACAUGAUCUUAAGUUGGGUGUGAGGGGCGUCCACAUCAAAGAAACAUUUUUAGACGGCUAACAUCUUUUAUUUAUUGUUCGAAGGGGAAAAAACGGUGACACACAGCAUAUGUAUGAGGAUCUGAUCCAACUGUAACAUCUGCAAACAGGCUGAUUCUUGGCACAGCCCCCCCCCCCCCCCCCCCCCCCCCUCUCCCCUCCUGCUGAAGUUACAGCACAGCAUGCUGGUUUCCUCACAUAAGCCUAACAAAAACACUAUUAAUGACACCACUGAAUGCAGUCGUAGUUUUUACACUGUUUUAACUUGUAAGUCAUGACCACUUUUUUCCCCCCAGAUUUAUGUUAAAUUACAAAGAAACUGUUCAAUUUCAUGUCUGUAGUUUAAAGCAGGACAAUGUACAGCUCCUUUAGUAUCCCUUAUGAUCGAUCUCAAAUGUUGUAUUUUCAGUCUCGAUUACAGGACGUGUAGCUGCUAAGUGUAGAAUGCAGAUUUGUUUUAUUAGUGUUAGCUUUCCUACAUAUGAAUUCAUAGCAAAUGUAGAGAUACCA